AUGGCCCAUAACCCCCCUUCGCGACGGCGGCCACUUUCAACUGCUUUCUUCCCUCCAACGGCCAAGUUGCCGCUCGACCCAUUUGCCCAUAUGGCACCUGCAACGUGGGAUGUGCAUGUAUCUUCUCUCAAGUCAUUGGAGUCCGCAAUGCAGAACGUUGUCUUGAUUGUCGGAGUUAUUUAUGAUCCAAUACACUUACGAUGGCACAUCGGUCGACGGCCACAUUUAGACCCCGAGCCGCUCAGUCUACGACCUGUCUUAUCGUCUCCGGUGCUCUCCCAGUCCCUCGUUAUCCUCAUUUCUCACAAACCCCCAUCUGUGGACGACAUCCACAAUGCUCUCCAGCAAUCACCGACGCCCGGCGUACAAUACCCGACACUAUACUUGGUCAAAAUAGCCACGCCGGCUAUCCUUCUCGGUGCUCUCCGGCUCGUACGCGUGCUGGAACGUGCACAAGUGCUGGCACGAGCAUGGAGGAAGAAUACGACAGCGUUUGCGUUUGCCGAGAGAGCUCGUCGAUAUCAUUACGCCAAGGGACACGCAGCGCAACCUUCUACUGCGUCUGGUUCAUCCUCUGCGUCGCAUUCUCCGCCGCCGCCAUCAACGAUCAUUCGGAUCGUUCUUUUCGCCGAACAACCCCCAUUGGAUUCGAGCGAAUUUAUCCCUGUGAACGAGUAUGGGAUUGAGAUCGUCCCCGCCGCCAGUUCUCGAUCUUCGACUUUAUUCAACGGGUGGUUGGGUGGCCGCCGCCAGCGGUAUAACAGUGGCAUCUAUGGCAUACAUACUCAGGGUGGAAGUGAAGUGGUAAUGAGCAAGCCGAACACGUCCAAACUGUCGCUGGCGCUCUCGUUACCUGUUCGCAUGCCUCGUAUGGGUCGCCGGCUCUCGAAGAUGGGAGCACCAUCAUCAGAUCGACCAAUGACGUCCCCGACUUCACUACCAUCCCAAAAACACGACCCAACACACCGACCGUUCGACGUGGUCAUGUCGUUUCUCCCGCCCCCCGAAACUCAAUACACAGUCUCCUCCUCACCACCCCCAACCUCCUCCACUCUGAGCCUCCCAUUCAGAAAAACACCGAAAUCCGGAUCUCAAAAACAAACCACCGAAGUUGUAGCAAUUAGCGAGAAGGUGCUGCUGAAACAUACAAUAUUAAUGACGACGUUGGUUAGCCCAUUUAUUGUCGAUGCGGUGUUGACGAGUGGGAUGUCGAUGAGGCAGCUGGGGAAUGCACUCCCAAGCGUGCAAGUGCCGGAUGUUGGAACAGGAGCUUCUCCAGUAAGCACAAAGAAAGAGAGACAUCGAACUUGGAACCCUGAGCAGGAGAGCACUGGCACCAACCAUAGCCCCCCUGCUACGUUUGGCAGUCUUGCAACCGGUAGCUUCGGGAGAGUGAAGGGUCGAAUUCUACACGUAUUGCCAUCUGGAUCCAACGACACCGGGGAGAAAACUAAGUUAGCCAGCAGCAUGGAACAAUUCAUCAUCGGAUAUGGGAUGAGCGCAGGAGCUGGUGCAAACGCCGGAUCGUCCGCACCUAACUUGCAUACUUCGAGCCCGCCCCCCUCUCGCGGCUCAACAAGUUCCGCCUCUACAUCCGCUUCGAAUUCUCCUCUUCAGCGGGGGCUGAAUUCACGAUCACCUUUCUCGUCUAUGUUGCCUACUCCGUCUACAUCUCGGACCUCUACAGCGAGUUCCGUUCAUCAGGUUACCAUUGCUACCACCUCCGCAUCGGGCGACCUCACGAAGCCAAUAUCAUAUGUGUUACCUGCGUCGGCUCUGGGCGAAGUGGUAUAUACUCUUAAGGCAGAUGAUCAUGAGGAACAUAGGGAGGACGGAUGGGAUGUCGUACCUUCUCUUUCGCAUCAGUCGCGAGCAGGAUCACACGGCAAAGCGGCCACUGUUCUGGAUUGCGUAGUUAGUGGCGUCUUGGAUGAUGCUGCACAUACAUUCCCUACCGGGUUGGGUGGGUCCGGUGCUAGGGCGUGGAUUGGGGGGAAGAAAGAUUUCUCUGUGGAGGGUGCGCCGAUCGAGAGUGAUUCUUUGGACGGUAUCGACGUAGACGCUGAGUUACAAGGGCGGACGAGGAAGAGGAGUGAAAUGGAUAGGGCAAGGGAUAGGGAGAAGGGCAAAGAAAGAGAAAGGGAGAAAGCUUUACCCGCCCCUCCCGCCACGACUCCUCCGAAGACACGUUCCCACACAGCACUACCACAGCAGGCAGAGAGUUCGUCUUCAAAGACACAGUCGCCGUCCAUGCUCGUGCCGCCUCCUAUGGUUCGCCAGCGCGCUCAAAGCCAGGAUCACUCGACUCCCCGCUCCUCUCAUUCUCAUCGCUCGCCCCAGCAUCUCGCCCCGCCUACAACAGGCACUUCCCUACUCCCAAUGGAUGCUUUCCAAGCCGGGUACCAGGGAGGAUUUCAAGCGGGUUAUCAAGCUGUUAAGACGAACGCAUCACAUUCGCCGCUCGGGGAGGGUCGGGCAAGUAAAAGACAUUCACACCAGCCUCAGCAGGCGUCAAGGUCUACCUCACACCCCCACCCCAAAUCCCAGCUUCAGCCUCAACCUCAACCUCAGUACUACCCUCAACCUUCGCCUGCCGAAGCGCCUCAUAGCCGCCAAGCCAACAGAAGUCGAGCUCAAAGUCAAAGUACUGGUGAAAGUUACUCGCAGCCACUUGCGAUGCCGUCAAUAAAUAGCGUGAUUGCAUUUCCUACCACUGCGUCACCUAUGAAGCCUUUAGGCGCUGCAACGUGGGGUACGGGAACGAGCUCGCCUUUGCGUGUCCCUUCAACAGGCCAGUAUGUGGCCUCUGCGCCCCCUCCUACGCCUUUGGCCGGCGUCGAAGCCUUUCUUCAGCCCCAGCCCCCACCCCAGGCAUACGUGUCGCAGCCGCCACAACCACCAACCGACAUAAAGGGGCACACUGAGUCACGCCCAGCUCACCGGCCGCCCCUCGUAAGCGGAGAUACAGGACUCUCCGAUACUAGUGCGACGACGGGGCCAUCAUCGACGUCUGCGAGUGCCAGUGGUCAUGGAAGCCGACAUGCUCACUCUGACGCUGAUAGAGGCAGGGCCGGGUAUACGCAUUCACAGAGUCGUGGUGAAAGUGGCUCGGCGAUAUACGUAUCCUCGUCGACACAUAAACACGGGCGUGGUGAUGUUCGUGAUGGCUCAAGGGACCGCAGGACUCGGGAAGAGGAACGGCGACGUGGCUGGGAGGGCGAGCAUCGUCAUCAUCGGCCCGAAGAGCCCAAGUACCAUAGCAGUCGAAGAAGCCACGAGGAACACAGCAGGCGGCGAGAAAGCGAGAGGGAUAAGGACAAGGAUUGGGAGAAGAGGAGGGAGGAGAAAGAGAUCCGAAGAGAAGAACGCAGGAGGCGCGAAGACAAGGAGAAGAGAAGGGAAGAAAGAGACAAAGAGAGCCGCCAUGAACACCGCCGCUCAGAUAAGGAGAGGGUAGAGAAAGACAGACAUAUGGAAGCUACACGCAGGAGACAUCGCUCAGCAUCACAUUCGCAUUCGCACUCGCAUUCCGUGUCACAAACAAGGUCGACAUCACAUCAUCAUCAUCAUCAUCCCUCAGAAGCGGAAGUUUAUUCCUCUUCGCGGAGAAAGGAAGAACGUGAAGGCAAACGGAGCCCGUCUCGUCCCACGAGCACUCGAGACGUAGGGAGCGGGGGCGGAUUGGGUCUGCCUACUCCCCCGGACUCAUCGAGUUCCACAUCUAGCUGCGAGGCUGGUCUACCUAACGGGGCAGUGGCUCGCGCUGAAUGCUAA